GCGACGUCGGCGGCGUAAUGCAUGUCGACAUGGACCCCGGAGGGUCGGUGGCGGCGUAUACGCGCGUCUCUCAAAAUAACUCGCCGAAUACCCGCGCUACCCCGCCGUUUCUCGUGACGCCUUUUCGGGUCGCGCUUAGUUACCAUCUCUCGAGGAGAACUGGCAUCAUCCAGUAUCGUAAGCACCGCGAUAAACCGACGACAUGUGCACCGGCCGACUGCGAAGGAGGCGCCCGUGGAAUGUAUACGUCCAUCAAGACAUCCAAGAAGAUAUCGACCACGCGUUCGGAUAAUCGUGGCUGUUAAUUAUGAUUUGAACUCGAAGACUGACAUAAAGCCGCCCAAUGAUCGUAGCCCGUUUGGAGUCGCCCCUCCGCUUUCUUCUCGAACGCUGCACUCCAAAGAAGACUGACGUCUGCUUCAGAAUCGAUUUAAGCUGUCAGGAUACUUGUAUACUAACUGGACGCUCAAACGUCUCUAAUCGAGCCAUAAACAAUCCAUUACUUAGCGGAAGUUUAAAUCUUGUUUGAUGCUUGAAUGUGUGUAACGUAUGCGAGUUACUCAGAAAUAAUCGAUUCGAUCUUUUUAGAUUAUACGUGCUAAAUAAUUUCACACACACGUAAGAUAUCUGUGUUUCGAAUACUCUUGGCUACCGGCAAUUAUCGAGACUGAAUAGUCUACAAUUUUAAUUGAAAUUUUUAAGCAACUUGUACAUCGAUUUUUGUAUCGUAAUACAUCUCACCUGACCGUACACAUUAUUAUUAUUGCGCACAAUUAUUACGUCAGUGACUGUCGAGCAUAUAAAAAAUGCUACGUUAUUUAAAAAAAUAUUUUUAAUGCGACUGUAUGUUGCUCCAAAUUUAUAUCGUGCUAAUUAUAUACAUCACUCUAUAUUGCUCAGUUUGUUGCCUUACAAGAGAUGGAAACCGCGAUGGUUGCAACAAUCGCAGAAAUAUUGUGUAAUAUGCAAUGAUGAACUGACACAUCACAGCUGUCACAGCUGUUAAACAUAUUUUAUAUGUAGAGAAUAAUAGAAUGCAAAGCGACGAUUACUAUGUCAUAUCUUCAGGUAUCGGCGCUAAAAUUUUGCAACGUUAAAGCGGAAAGAAACGCACUCGGAUAGUUCUCGAACACGGGACCCGAAAAUAGAUUGGUGGCGAUGCAAUACCGCAGUAUUACCAUCCUUCCGGGAAAAACUGCGCCACGAACGAGAUUGUGAAGCACAAGCACAGCUCAACUCUUAAAUAGAUAUCAUUAUAUAAGAUUUCUUUUCAAUAUAUUACGAAAUUAGAUGAAGAAUUAGAGAUAAAUGAUUACGGGUGAUUAAUCGCCGGCAUUUUGUAUACGUUCGAGCAGAGAGACUUCAAAUCCAUGAACAGAAGAAGAGCCUCUUCGGUACGGAGGAGAAGAGGGCAGAUCACUUGGACGUAUUUUCCUGGCAGCAGAGCCGAUUGGAUAACAAUAAUGUCGUGCGGUGGAUGAAGGCACGGCAGAGGCUGAGGAGGAAGAGAGGCGCAAGAUGUAUGGACGUCAGGAUAAUUCGGGCGACAGUGGCUCGAGCCAGGUGCCACCGUGGCUUGUGCGCGCCGAAGUCACGAUCCGCCACGGCGACACGGUGACCUCCGAGACCGUGCAAAUGCCUCCGGGUACCAGUACCACCACCGACGCAGGCGGCAUUCGCAUGAUAUGCCGCUGGAACACGAGCGAACCGAACUCGACAUCAACGUCGACGCCAGCCACCACGUCCAACGCUUUCCUGUCGUCUGGUAGUACCGCCGGCGGCUACGGCUUUCAACGGGGCAAUAUACUCUUCACGUCCACACCGCCCGAGAAAUCAAGCGGAUCGUACACUUUGCCACGUUCGGGCUCGUCUGGUAACGACGACUCUAUCUCAUCUAGAGGCCGAGCGAACGUUUCUGACUCUGGUUAUACCAGCGAACAGUUCUCGCCGCACACGUAUUCGUCCUUGCCUGCACGACGCUCUUCUCAACAGUACAAUCAUCGAUGCAAAAGCACGUGCAGCAUUGUACUAUCCCCUGUAGGCGCGGAUAAGCCUAAUCCUGAGAAAGUUUCGUCUGUCGAUCAGUGGCACCGUCGAACUCCGCACCAAUAUGUCUUUUCACGUCAUCAAUUCAGUACGGUUCCGGAAGUCUGUGAGGAUUGUGCGGAAGGAAGCGCAUCGAGUGCCUUCACCACGCAUUUUUGCACUCGCGUCGCAGAAAAGACGACCAAUGCCAAUGCCAGCAGGGCCACUGCGGUAAGCAAGGACGCGGCAUCGCAAACCACCGACAUCGAAUCGGUGCGCUCGUCGUCGACUGUAAAGAGCAGCAAAAUUAGGAGGAAAUUUGGUACUGGUGCUAACCAGCGUAGCGAGCAGAAAAAGGAGCAGGAAAUCCGAUCGCCCCCGGCAUCAGUUGGGAAUACCAGUACUGGUCCUCCGACCGAUCCAGAAAAAUCGGACUCAUCCGCGAAAGAGGAUAGCAGUAAGCGCAAGUCGCGAACGGUGCACAUCGAUGUGUACUGCACAGGAUCCGAUGACGAUGCCAGCACAGACACGAUUAGCGAGGACAAUCACAGCACGCCCAUGACAGUCUUUGAAAACGACGACGUCAAAGUCACUCACACUCAAGCGGCAGAUAACUUGCCGCUAGGAUUUCAAGAUGCAAACGCGUUUCUGAAGCGCAGUGCCGAGCGACGAUGCGCAAGUUUCAGAAAUGCACCGAUGAGAAUGCCCUCGUUAGCUAGUUCGAAGGGAUAUGAUAGCGACGAGGUUAUGAGUUCUCUUUACCCCUCGCGAUUCAGCUCGUACAGCGGGAUACGGGAUCUCGAUUCCGUUCCGUGGUCCACAGUGUCGUCCAGUACGGCUCUUUCGCCAUGCGAUUCAACCAUGACAUCAUCAAAGGACACAUUCUCCGAUAUUGAAUCCCUGAUCAACAGUAAAUCUGGCUUGACGCCUUGUGACAGCUUUGAAUACGCCAAUGCCACGGAUCGCGACAGAAUACGGAAAUUGGAUAUUUUGGCGAAAACUGGUAAUGACAGAAACAGAAUCUGGCGAUCGCCGCAAAUUGAACGGAAACAUCUGCUACAGAACAGGAAGAUGAGAGAGUACUUCGAGAAGCAUGAGAUAAAUUGGUCGUCUGGGGACAGUGCUGAGGAUUCCGACGAGAGCGGAGCAGUCGGUUGGAGUUUCAUAUCCGGCGAUGAUAAAUCACGAUUUGUUAAAAAAGAUUCGAUCGUCCGUUGUACGAGCAAAGGUCAAAUCGAGGAAUCUAGUGUGACUAAUUUAGACUCGGAGCAUAGAAGUGCUCAAGAGGAACACUCUCGGUUUGCGAUACACAAAGAUUAUGUCCCUUAUACGAAUGUUUUACGCGAUCGUAUUGGUCCGUUUGGAUCGAAGAGCCCUUCUCCCCUUCCUUCGACCAUACCCUCCCGCGUAACGUCUCCCUUCACUACACUGUAUGGAGAUAGAACUGAACAUAUUCUAAAAGCCUCCAAAUUUGGAGCAGUAAUCAGCGCGUUUCGAAAGCCUGGUCAUCAUAUAGGUCCCUCGAAAAAUCCGACGUGUUCGUGCGAGCAUUGCCGAAGAUACUUCGAGGACGGAGGUAGAGGACGAUCUUCUUCAUUGAGUGAGCUCGAACGUCAUCCGGCCUUCAAAUUGCGAAAAGAGUGACAUUCAAUUUCAUUAGCUCUUGAGGAUUUUAAAUAUAUUGAUUCUUUAGUUUUUAUAAGACGACAAAUGCUUUCCACUUUAUUUAUUUAUGUUAUAAGAUUUGUAUGCUUAAAAAAUAAAUUGCGUUCCAUUGCAUUC